CAGAGGGAGCAUGUCUCAGCCUCAUGCAGCCGGGCUUUGGUGUUAGCUUGAAUAGGAAGUGGGAGGGGUGAGUGGGCCACAGGGUUUUAGCGAGGGAGUGGGUGAUCUAGCUGCGUUACCCCCCCAAAGUGAUGUGUACCCAAAAGAUAUGGGGCCAGAUCCACUUAGGGUGACCAGAUGUCCCGAUUUUAUAGGGACAGUCCUGAUUUGGGCGGCUUUUUCUUAUAUAGACUCAUAUUACCCCCCAGACCGUGUCCCGAUUUUUUGCAUUUGCUAUCUGGUCACCCUAGAUCCACUGCUGGUGUAAAUCAGUGUAAUUGUAUUGAAAUAUAUGACUUACAGCAGCAAAGGUUCUGGCAGCAAGGACUGCAGUGUGUGUUGUGUGUGUGUGUGUGUGUGUGCUAGUGUUUUAGCUGGUUGUCUGGGUUAGAGAAUUGGGCUGUGAGUUUUCCUAGGAAGUGGCUGAGGCUAUCUUCCAAGAGUGAGUUCCAGGUCUGCGGCCGGUCUCAGAAAAAACUCUGUCUCCUGCACACUUGAGUUUCACUCUGAAGGCUGACAGAGUUCUGUCGUUUCAAUGGAUGGAGCUGUCCUAGGAGUACAUGGUAACCACCUGAGGACAGAUGCCUUCCUUGGAUAGUCAUGGUCUAUAUAGAGUUUCCAGCCAGUGUUAUGGAGCUGUUGAUCAGAUGUCUCAUGCCUCUGCUGAAGGAUAUUUUGCUACCGACAUUCAGAUUUCAUCAGCCUGCACUGGUGCCAUCGCUCCUGAUCACAUGACCAAUGGAGAAGAACCCUCUGCUCCCCCUGCUUAUCCAAUAGACGAGAUCUCUGGCUAUGAAGGCACAGCACUGGGCGAUGGUGGAGGAAAAGGUUUACCUCCUCCAUCAGAUCUGGUGACUGAUCAUGGAGGUGGGCCCCCUCCAGCCCAAACAGACUGGAACAUUCCUGCUGUUUCAGAAGAUGCAGCCAAAGAAGCUCUUAUACAGUACGCGGCCAGUAAGUGCUGCUACAGCUCGGCCCCUGCCAAGGAAAUGGUGUUUCGGAAUCUGCAGCCAUUCAACACCUACAGAUAUCGGCUAGAGACCUUCACUGAAUCCAGAUCAUCUGAAUGGAAGACAACACCUUACAGGGAUGAAUUUGUUGACUCCUUUUUGCUUGGGCCAGCUCCUUUGCCAUGGAAUAUACCAGUGGAAGUUCCUACCUUGUUCAUAGACAACAUAACCAGAGUCAAAGUGCCCCAUACAUCUUCAUUAAAGGGCUGCGAUAAUUGUCGAUGUUCGGGUACAGUUAGCUGCACAACGUGUCAUGGAAACGGAAAGGUACAGUGCUGGAUUUGUCAUGGCUCUGGGAAGCGAAUGAAUGAGGACACAUGCACACACUGCAGCGGUUCUGGUCGGAGCAGUUGCAACAGUUGUUUUGGUUCAGGCCACAAUACCUGCAUAACGUGUGCAGGAAAAGGACAGUUGCUGUACUACAUUGAGCUUCAAGUCAAAUGGAAGAACAACAUUUUUGAAUAUGUGGCGGACCAAAGAUCUGGGUUUCCUGCUGACCGCUUCAAGGAGGUCACUGGGCAGAAGAAGUUUGUUGAUGAACAGUCCAUGGUUUACCCUGUUGUGAAUUUUCCUGAUCCUUCCAUCAGUCAGGCUUCCCAGAAUGCUGUUGUGCAACAUCACACUCAGUUUGCAUCUACAUCUCGUGUACUGAGACAGAGGCAAACUAUUGAGCUGAUCCCUCUUACUAAAGUGGAAUACGAGUGGCAAGGGGAACAGUAUUCCUAUUACGUGUAUGGAGAAGAAAAUAGGGUGUACGCAGAGAACUACCCCAAAAAGUGCUGCUGCUGCUCCGUUAUGUGACCGACUGAUCACUUCUCAGCACGCCAAGGACCGCGGCGGUUGUCCAGACCCAUGCAAGGAAAAGCUUCAUCUCGUACUCGUUUUGUUUUGGUCAAUAGAAGUUCAUUGAUUUGCAUGUUUGGGGCAGGCUGCAGCAGGAAGAAAAUGGGGGAGCAAGAGUUUGUCAAGCUGAUUAUUCAAUUCCAGGACUGGAUCCUGUAUGUAUGUCACAAUCCCUGUGGGGCCGCUUGGCUUUUGCUGUGGCUCUCCCUGUCCCGCCCUUGCCACUCGUAGAAUACAAACUGCAUUUGGGAUUACAGUACCAUUUAGUUUCUGCACUGUGUGUGGGCCUGGCCUAUUCUACCUUUACUCAGACUUCACUGGGUCUCUUGGCGUUAAUAAGGUCUACAUUUUUAUGAGUAAGGGAAUACAAGGAAAACAGGUCCUACGUCUGUGUCUUCCAUUAUCAGUAGUAGUAAAAAUUAUGUGACCGAACAGUCUACUCUGUCUUACGCUAGGGAAACCCGCUGACUUCAGUGAAGUUGUCUGUGGCAAACCUUGAGGCAGCAUUUUAACUCUUCUAACAGAAUCUCCAAAUGAAGAUAAACAGAGAAGGAAACAGGACAAAUUGUGGAUUUUUUUUUUUUAAAUUAAGAGUAUAGGGCUUGACUAAAAGCCUCUUGAGGUCAAUGUGAAUCUUUCCAUGACUUCAGUGGAUCAGGUUUAUAAUGCAUAUUAUUAAUCACCCACUAUCAACUUCUAACCUUUCUUGCUGCUGAGUUUUCAGCAUGUUUGGAUCGUUCCUCAUUUGCCAUGGGAGUGUGAUACACACACACACCCCCACCCCCCCCCACCUGUAGUUUCUCUUGCUGUACCAAUGUCAUAGUAAUAAAAUAUGACUAGGUAGGAUUCCUGUUAAGAAUAAAUGUAUCUGGGCAGUUGUGCUAAAAACACUGUAGUAAUAAUGCCCAAGUGUUUACUUGCACAUGCUUGUCAAAUCCAGUUUUUGUAGGUGGAAUAUAACCAGGGUGGACUGCAUUGUUCUUUUAAAUAGUUAAGUGGGAUUUAGUGGCUGUGAUAAGAGCUUCGGAGAAGCUAUUUGUCCACAUAUCCAGUAUAAGCAAUGGGAGUUUAAACGUCCUCCAGUUCUGCUAACAUACUGUCAGUGUGCCCUAACCUUGACCUGGAGGGAUCAAGUUGGGGGCUAAGAUGGUAGCCCAGCUGCCAUACCCACUCAGUCUUUGUCCUCUGCUAACACUAUCAGUAGUUCUAAUUGCUGUCAGUUUAUUGUUAUUACUAUUAGUUGUGUUGCACGGGAGCCCCACUCAUGGACCAGGACCCCACUGUACUAGGCACUGUACAAACCCAGAACAAAAAGUGAGCCCUUGCCCCAAAGAACUUACAAUCUAAGUUAGAGUUUACAAUCCAGUUGUGCUGGUUUUGUCCACUAGGAAAUGGACGGAAAUCACUAACCAAUUCUGCGUACAGCAAGGAAAGGCCAUCAGCUGUUGUCACUCACUUGGAAGUGACCUAGACGAACCAGUGCUAAUGACUGCAUGGAUAACAAUUUUCAAAAGCACCUACGUCUCAUUAAACUUACGUCUCCUAAGUCACUUAGGUGCUUUUGAAAAUGUUACCCUACAUUUAAUAUUUACUUGGGUAAUAGUGUAUCUUACCCAAUAUUUUGCAGAGCGAAAACCACUUUCAGACUGAUUUAUUGUUGCAAAAUGACUUCUGUCAUGAAAACCAAAAGUAUUAGUAACCAUAAACAGAAUAAUUGAACCCCUGAUACCAGCAGUCAGGAUCGGGUUACUUUUGAUGCCACUGCAAGAAUCAUAUUAUUUAGUAUGUUUAUAACACUUCACCAAUUAUAAACAUUCAGCUUUAAAUUCAGGGAUGUUUAGAAAGCAUCUCUUUGUCUGAUAGUGAAUGUAAGUUUGGAUGGGCCAUGGAUCAGAAUUUAACAGACUCUGGUACCCUUUGCUUAUACAUCUAAGGUAAAAGAGGGCUUGUUCUGUUAUAGAAUUGUUACAAGUGUCUCGGGUGAACAUUUUGAUUUGGGGGUAAAUCUGAAUGAGCUCCAUUGACUUCAGAAGAAUUAUUCUGGAUUUACAUUAAUGAAACCAAGAUCAGAAUCUGACCCUUGGUAGAAAUUAAUGUAAUUUGUUUGAUUUUUUCAACAGCAGAAUUAUGUGGCUAAACUAGCUAUUACUUUGCCCCAGUCCCAUCUUUCCCAGAUCAAUGUGUAUGUGUGCUGGAAAAAUUUGAACAGGCUGAAUAAUUUCAAAAAUACGGAUCUGAAUGUUUCCCCUUGUAGUAUUUUUGGAUAGUCUUUGUUUUUAAAAUCUUUAACCAGGAUCUUUUCAGCAGAUCAAAUGUAAUUUUUUUCAAAAGUGCCUCAGUGAUUUAGAAGUAGAGCUGGUUGGCGAAACUUCAAUAAAACCAUAUUCCAUCAGAAUAUACAGUGCUGUCAAAAUAAAAAUGCUUUGCUAAAUCAGGUCAAUUUUGAUGGAAUUUAAUUGUGGAAGAAAACUGGAAAAAAGUUUUGAUUUUUUUUUUGUUUUACUUUGAAACCACUUUUUGUUUUGAAUUGUUUUUGUUUUGUAUCAUAAAGUAUAUUUUUUUAAAAAGUCAAAACUAAAACAUUUUGACCCACCUGACAUGGAAAUUCUUCAGAAUCUUCCUUUGCAGAGAAUUUAAAAAUAUUUGGUUUGCAUUGUAAUCUGAAAUGAAGUCAAAAUUUGAGAUCUUGAAAUCCUCCAUCCCUUUCAUAGCUCUGCUUAACCUAAAUCCCCAAAACAGACUUAAGAACCUAAGUCCCAUUGAAAGUCAAUGGGUCUCAGGGUCCUAAGUCUGUUUUGAAAAUGGACCUUACGAUCUUUUGUAUAUUUUACCCCAAAUCUUUUCAGAGAGCAGCAUAGGAUGAAUACAGCUUAGGUGCAUAUACAGAUUCAUAGAUUCAUAGAUAUUUAGGUCAGAAGGGACCAUUAUGAUCAUCUAGUCUGACCUCCUGCACAACGCAGGCCACAGAAUUUCUCCCACCACUCCUACAAAAAAACCUCACACCUAUAUCUGUGCUAUUGAAGUCCUCAAAUUGUAGUUUAAAGACCUCAAGGAGCAGAGAAUCCUCCAGCAAGUGACCCAUGCCCCAUGCUACAGAGGAAGGCGAAAAACCUCCAGGGCCUUCCAAUCUGCCCUGGAGGAAAAUUCCUUCCCGACCCCAAAUAUGGCGAUCAGCUAAACCCUGAGCAUAUGGGCAAGGUUCAUCAGCCAGAUACUACAGAAAAUUCUUUCCCGGGUAACUUGGAUCUUACCCCAUCUAAAAACCCAUCACAGGCCAUUGGGCCUAUUUACCAUGAAUAUUUAAUUACCAAAACCAUGUUAUCCCAUCAUACCAUCUCCUCCAUAAACUUAUCGAGUUUAAUCUUAAAGCAAGAUAGAUCUUUUGCCCCCACUACUUCCCUCGGAAGGCUAUUCCAAAACUUCACUCCUCUAAUGGUUAGAAACCUUCGUCUAAUUUCUAAUCUAAAUUUCCUAGUGGCCAGUUUAUAUCCAUUUGUUCUUGUGUCCACAUUGGUACUGAGUUUAAAUAAUUCCUCUCCCUCUCUGGUAUUUAUCCCUCUGAUAUAUUUAUAGAGAGCAAUCAUAUCUCCCCUCAACCUUCUUUUAGUUAGGCUAAGCAAGCCAAGCUCCCUGAGUCUCCUUUCAUAAGACAAGUUUUCCAUUCCUCGGAUCAUCCUAGUAGCCCUUCUCUGUAUCUGUUCCAGUUUGAAUUCAUCCUUCUUAAACAUGGGAGACCAGAACUGCACACAGUAUUCCAGGUGAGGUCUCACCAGUGCCUUGUAUAACGGUACUAAAACCUCCUUAUCCCUACUGGAAAUACCUCUCCUGAUGCAUCCCAAGACGACAUUAGCAUAAGAUAAGCAAUGCAACAUUUAAAACAAGAGAGACAGAAUGAGAUUUUACUACGUUAUGUUCCUAGACUAUAUAUCAUGACUUUUUAAAACUGGAAAGAUAUUUCAUCAAGUCAGAUUUACUUUUCCCAUAAAUGUUGCAUGGCACUGCAAUAUACAGAAGACCAAAGAGCAAUACAAGUUGCCAGUUUUCAAGGUGUGUCUGCAAGGGUGGAAAAUGUGUUUGGUUUAUUGUAAUAACACAUUUAUGAAUAAAUAAUAGCAUAAUGUUCA